AUGGCUCCUGACGAUCCUAAAACCGGCACCGGAACCGGCACCGGGGGCGGUUUCUUCGCUUCUAUUGCUUCGACGAUCUCCAAUUUUGGAUCGGCGAUGAGUAAAUCAGUUAACGGUUUGGUGGGCUAUGAAGGGCUCGAAGUUAUCAAUCCAGAGGGAGGGACGGAAGAUGCAGAGGAUGAAGCAAGGAGAGGAAGAUGGAAGCAAGAGGAUCGUGACGGCCAUUGGAAGAUGAUGCAGAAGUAUAUAGGAUCUGACGUUACAUCUAUGGUGACCCUCCCUGUGAUCAUCUUUGAACCGAUGACAAUGCUGCAGAAAAUGGCGGAGUUGAUGGAGUACUCACACCUGCUCGACAUGGCAGACAAAACAGAAGAUCCUUACAUGCGAUUGGUCUAUGCUUCAUCAUGGGCGAUAUCUGUUUACCAUGCCUUCCAACGUACAUGGAAGCCGUUCAAUCCAAUCCUUGGCGAAACUUAUGAAAUGACCAAUCAUGGUGGUAUCACCUUCAUAUCUGAGCAGGUCAGUCAUCACCCUCCAAUGAGUGCCGCCCAUGCAGAAAACGAGCAUUUCACAUACGAUAUAACUUCAAAGCUGAAAACGAAAUUUCUGGGCAAUUCAUUCGACGUCUAUCCAGUGGGAAGAACGCGAGUGACACUUAAAAGAGAUGGUGUGGUCCUCGACUUGGUGCCUCCUCCCACAAAAGUCCACAACCUAAUCUUCGGAAGAACUUGGGUUGAUACAUCAGGGGAGAUGAUCAUGACGAACUUGACAACCGGCGAUAAAGCCGUGCUGAGUUUUCAACCGUGUGGUUGGUUCGGAGCUGGUCGUUAUGAGGUGGAUGGAUACGUGUAUAAUGCAGCUGAGGAGCCAAAGAUACUAAUGACUGGGAAAUGGAACCAGUCCAUGAGUUAUCAGCCAUGUGACAUGGAAGGUGAACCUCUCCCAGGCACUGAACUCCAGGAGGUCUGGAGGCUCGCUGAUGCUCCAAAGAACGACAAAUUCCAAUACACAUACUUCGCUCAUAAGAUCAAUAGCUUUGACACAGCCACAAAAAAGUUGUUGCCAUCUGAUUCACGUCUACGUCCUGAUAGAUAUGCGCUUGAGAUGGGGGAUAUGUCCAAGUCUGGCUACGAAAAGAGCAGCUUGGAGGAGAGACAAAGAUCCGAGAAGAGAACCCGUGAAGAAAAAGGCCAUAAAUUCACUCCCAAAUGGUUCGACAUAACAGAAGAAAUCACUCCCACGCCCUGGGGCGACCUUGAAGUUUAUCAAUACAACGGCAAGUAUGCAGAGCACCGGGCACAAGCAGAUAGCAAUGAAGAUGACACCGAUGUGAAAUCAACCGAGUUCAGCCCUUGGCAAUACUAAGAUCUUGCUGCUUAAUGAGGGGGAGACAAAAGAACAUCACAUCUUUCCAACCAUAUAUGUUGUAUGCUCUUUCCUUGUAGUAGAUCAUUCCAUCUUCUUCUUUUUCCCCUUUUGGUUUGGUCAGGCUGGCUAGGGUUUCCGUUCCUUUUGGUUCAAUAUUAUUACAGGAUAGUUUUGCAUUUA